UGAGUGGUAUUGGCUAUACUCUUUCCUCUAUAUAUAUUUUUUAAAAGAGCGUGAAAAUUAAGAAGAGAGAAAAAUCGAAGAAAUUUUGACAGAAGCAUUUCUUUCUUUGAAACAAUUACCCAAUUGAAACUGAUCACUCAAAAACACUUUCUCAAUACAACUGCAGUGACACCCUCAUAGCACUUGACGGUUUGGACUUAGGGUUAGCGAGUUUGGAGUUUUGGGUUGGCUAAAAAUGUUUUGCAACAUUUGCGAGUUUGGACUUAAGGUUUAGAGUUGUUGUCACGGAGUUUUUUUUGACUUUGGUGGCUUUGAAGCGAUUUCGACUCACGAGUUAGGCUGUUGAGUCGCGAGAUUGGACUUUGUUCAUCGCUGAGGCUGUUUAAAGGGCUAACAUUUGCGACUGUUUCUGCUUCUAGAGGUUCUAUAGAGGACGUAUUGUAAACUCAUCAUGCAAACAGCCUCUUCAUCAACAUCUUCUUCUUGUCCUUGGAAAUAUGAUGUCUUUCUAAGCUUUAGAGGUGAAGACACAAGGAAGAGCUUCAUAAAUCAUUUGUACAAUGCUUUCAAACAGAAAGGACUGCAUGUUUUUAGGGAUGACAAAGAACUUGAGAGAGGAAAACCGAUUUCACCAGAGCUCCUUCAUGCAAUUGAAGAAUCAAGAUCUGCGGUUGUUGUUCUCUCCAAAAACUAUGCAUCUUCCACAUGGUGUUUAGAUGAACUUGUUCAAAUUGUUCAUUGCAAGAAUAUAAAAUUUUUUCCAGUUUUCUAUAACGUGGAUCCUUCCAUGGUUAGAAAACAAACAGGAGAAUAUGGAGAAGCCUUUGUCAAACAUGAAGAAACUUUUAGAGAGGAUAUUGGAAAGGUGCAAACUUGGAGAGAUGCUUUGACAAAGGUGGCCGAUCACUCUGGAUUGGACUUGAAGGAUGGGUAUGAGUCACAACUUAUUCAGGACAUUUUGGAGGAAAUAUCAAGUAAAUUAAGUUUUUCAAAACACCCAAGUGUCGAGGGCCUAGUAGGCAUAGAUUCACGUUUGGAAAAACUAAAGAAAUUUAUAAGUCCUGAGUCACAUGAUGUUCGUAUGAUUGGGAUUUGUGGAACACAUGAUGUUCGUAUGAUUGGGAUUUGUGGAAUGGGAGGAAUAGGCAAGACAACAAUUGCUAGAGUUGCCUAUGACUUGUUUUCUGAUGAAUUUGAAGGUAGUAGUUUUUUGGCUAAUGUUAUAGAAAAUUCCAAAAAAGAUCUAGUUUAUGUACUAAAGAUGCUUCUUUCCAACAUUCUAGCUAUGAAAAUAGAUGACAUCAACAUAUACAAUGACUUUGAUGGAAUAAGGAUGAUAAGAAGGAGGUUGUCGUGUAAGAAGGUUCUUAUUGUUAUAGAUGAUGUGAACAAUCCAGAGCAAUUAGAAAAAAUAGCUAACAAGCGUGAUUGGUUUGGCAGGGGCAGUAGGAUCAUAAUAACAUCAAGAGACAAAGGAUUGUUAAACUCCCAUGGAGUAGAUGAUGUUUAUGAGGCUGAGGAAUUAAAUGAUGAUGAUGCCCUCCAAUUAUUCAUUUCAAAAGCCUUUAAGGAACAACAACCUUCAGAAAGUUUUAGCGAGCUAUCCAAAUGUGUUGUACAGUAUGCUAGUGGUCUUCCAUUAGCUCUUAAAGUUUUGGGCUCCUUUUUUUGUGGAAAAGAAAUUCAUGUAUGCAAAGAUGCAUUGCAAAGACUAAAAAGAGAUUGUAAGAAAGAAAUACUGGAGGUACUUCAAAUAGGCUUUGAUGGGUUGGAAGAAUCAGAGAAAAAAAUAUUUCUUGAUAUAGCAUGUUUCUUUAAAGGAUUUUAA